UUGUAGCAACAGUGUCAGUGAUACGAUUCAGAUUUUAUUUGCGUAAUCACUCUGAAUAUAAUGAAAGCUUGGAAUUGUAGACGGAUGAAUUAUUCAGGAAUUACCUUGAUACCCCAAAUAAGGCCAACCGGGCCGUCCGACUAAAAGACCAAACUGAAAAUGGCAGUUGCUGGCAAGACUCUUGGACUGUUCUACCCAUUACAUUCAGCACAUGGCAGCAGAAACGAUACGGGCAGCAGUCCAUUAUAUCCUAUACAGAAAGUGACAACAAACAUUAAUGUUAUCAAGAAAAGAAAAGAACACAUUCUUCGACCUCUUCAAAAGCUUGCACCAUAUGCACAUGAAUACAAACCCAUUUUUGACUGGGAUUAUGUAAUUGCUGGCACAGACACAAUUUAUGACUGUGUGAGAACCAUUCCAAAGACUGCAGAAGACCUGGUGAAUGUUGUCCAAUCAUGGUUGAAGCUACAGUCACAACUACCGGAUGUUCCAUUAAGCUGGCAACAGCAAUUGGUGCAGAUAAUUUUGUCAGAACUGAGAAGUAUAUGGGAUGAUUUCCAUCAAAUACAGAGAAGCCCAUAUUUGACGGCUGAUGAGAAUGCGGAGAUGUUAAAAAGGGUGGUUGUGCAAAUCAUUUCCACAUGCCAGCAACUCUUUCAAUCUUGUCUUCGCAAGUCACAUGUGUUAAAUCGCCGUGGUGUAUUCAAUGCUGAUGCCAACUAUAGCCGACUGAGGUCCCAGCUGACAGUAAAUAUAGCAAAUAUGCUGUGUGUUGACAUCAUCUUGAGAGAUGUCUUGUGUGAAAUGAGGGGAUUAUCCAUACCUACUAAGCUCUCUGGCCCAACAGCGACUGUUCACAUGGGGCAAAGCACAUUGACAGAUCACGCAUUCACUCCAAGACCAUUGUAUAGAGUGGCAUUGCAGACGUUAAAAGCACGCAAAUCUAGUCUUCAGAAAAACCUGGAUGAGAUGCAGAGAAAGAUGCCAAGUAUCGACAUCGAAAAACUUACAUCACUGAGAGCAAGUUGUCCCGAGGUGCCGUCACCAUGGCUACGUGACACAGCGCUGGCAGUGACAGACGAGCAAAAGGAAUCAGUUUUAUACAGUGACUCUGUGGAACAAAAUGUCACGGUGGAUACGCAUGGGGCAGUCCAAAACUUGCCUCUGGAUGGUGUGGAAGGGUGCAGAUCACCCUUGCCCUCAGAUGAGAUUUCAGAAUCUGAUUCAUCGCUGACGACUGACACAGAGGAGGCGGCCAUUGCUGAGCAGGAGGCAAAGGAGGACAUUAUGCGAGGGACACAUGCUGUCGAUGAGUGCAACCUUCCUCCGUUGUUGAAGGCCGACCUUCGAAGCCCUGAGAGAACCGCACGACUUGCAGUGCUACAGGAAAGACUUCGGUUAGUGCUGCAAAAGCAAGAGCAGAGGAGGCAGCAGCAGCAACAGCGAGCAGAAAUAAGAAAACAAGGCGCUGCCAAAAGUAAACCACAGGGCGAUGUAGUUUUAUCAACACUUCCUAAUCAGAUGGUGGUGCAAGCUUCUGCAGCGAGGGUAUCAGAGAGGGUGUGGCCAUCCAAAAUCUUGUUGAAACCCUACAACGUCAUCUACAACCACUUAAACCAAGAGAUUAGCAGGGCCGAUGUACAGUGGCUAGACAGGAACCUGUUUCUGCAGCAGCACCUAGCAGAGGUGUAUAGAGAGAUCAUGAAGACUGCCUGUGAGGAAUACCUAGACAUAGAAAACAACAUACGUCUGCAGCCGGCGGCUGAGGUAAAGGCGGCGGCGCUGCGACCGUUCGUGACGUCGGCGCUCUUGCGGAAUGAGCAGCUUGUGCCGAUCAUCAACGAGAGACUGCACGAGCAGUAUGUGAGCUGCCCUGAGCAGCCACGCGCAUUCCAGAGACCCUGCCAGCUACUGCAGUGCUGUGAAGAUGGCCGAUCGUGGCGGCCACCUCUAAGUAGCACCGGCUACAUGACCUGGCUACAACAGCAGGACACAGACUACUUGACAGUCAUUUUCCACCAGCAUGAGCAAGAUAAAGAAUCACUGAUCCCAGAAGAAAAAGAGGAAGGACACAUAAGGGAACGCAGGGCAGCAGAGCGACAGGACAGGGCGAUCUCACGUAAACCAGAACGUGGAAGCGUCGAUGGUGUAUCGGCUCCGCCAGGCGGCAGCAGCGUUGCCGAGUCAGGCGGCGAGGCGAUGGAUUCCGAGCAGCCCAGUGCCUGCGAGAGACUGGAGAGAGUGUGGAGCACGCUGUGCAUGACAGACGCGCAGAAGCUGGACAUGGCUCUGAAGUACAGCUCCGGCAGAUACGCCAGACAUCUCGACGAGGCUGCUGAGCUGUGGGAGCAGUCUGCUCAGCUGGUCAUAGACAGGGAGAAGGUUAUCGCAAAGCUGGAAAGGUUUGAGAGGACUGCUUCCGACCCAGCAAGGUUCUUCAAUAGAGAGUCAUCUGGUGAGAGGCUGAGAGAAGCCGCCUACAGAGAGAAGCUGGAUAACAGACUCGCAUCCCUGCAGCCCUUCAUAACCAAGGCUCUACGGCAGGUCUCACAGCUAUGCAACGACACGAUCACCUACAAGGGUCGUCCUUACGAGGACAAGAUGAAGUGGGAUAGAACAGAGAUGCUGUACUGGCUGCAGGAAGAGAGGCGGCAGCAGGCAAUAGCUCAGUGGACACCACCUGAUGAGCAGCUCUCUGCAGUCAAUAACCUCUCAUUCACGUUAUAACAUGGCUAGCCAUGCUUUUCAAACUAAUUGCUGUAAGGAAUGUAAUCGUACGUGCACAUUACGGCCCAUUUAAAGCUACAUAACUACCUCGUACACUUUGUAGAUUAAAUCGUCUAUACUGGUAUCAUUCUCUACAAGUAAAUACAUGGGGCCAAAUAUAAAAACGCACGCACACAUUCGUGCAUGCGUGUUCAUUCACGUUAUAGUAGUAUAGCAGUAUAAGGGUGGGACCACUUACUUACUCAAGUGUAUGCCUAAGUAUCGUAUUUUGAUUAUGCAGUUUUUGUUUGUUGUAUACACAUAUGUAUACAUGUUCUUGGUAUCAUCCAUUAACAACUAAAUGCUUAUGGCUAUUUAUAGUUUAAUAUACUGGUUUUUAUAAAGUUUCUGUCAUUGCAAUAUUGUUUGUGUGGUACAGGUAUAUGAGUACAGUCAGAUAGAAUUUCAUAAAAAAAUACUGAAUAAUUUUCUGUUUUGUUUUAGAUUUAGAUCAAACAAAAUUUAUUUCACAACUGGUAUCUAUAAUUCAAUAUCACUAGUCUAUUUAACACUCCUCCUACAAUGGAUAGUGCUUAUUAUACUCUGUAGCAAUUUGGGAUAAUUUAGCAAUAAAUUCUGGUGUUAGAUA